AUGUCGUCUCCUCGAGCGGAAGACCCACCAGAAGGCGUAGUUGAGCCAGAGACCGUGACAUCCCUCCAAGAAGAGCAGGAAGAGGAUAGCGACGACUAUGAUGAGGAGCCUGAAGACGACGGCGACGGUGGUGAGGACUAUGAGGAGGAUCAGGGAACACAGAAACAGUCCAGUCUGACGGCGCUGCUGUUAGCGAACCCCAAUGGCGCUGGCGGAGAAGAGGACGAUGACGAGGACGAUGAAGGAGAAGAAUACGAUGAAGACAACGAUGAGGAUGAUGACUACAACGACCAAGACGAAGCAGAUUACUCCAAAGCAUCGCCAGUCUCCAAGAAACGGUCAUUUGAAGACGUCGCUGGCGAAGAUGACGAGGAUGAAGGUGGAGGAAAUAAGAAAGUCAAGGCUUGA